AUGGGAAAACGAAAUUCAAGAAAGAAAUCAUUCUCUGCUCUGGAUCGACAACAGCUUCAACCCUCCGAGCAGGAAAAGAAGAGAAAGAAUGAUAAUGAUUAUCGAUAUUCCAUCAGGAAGAAGAAAACAAAGAAGAAUGACGUUUCUAAAGAAAGAUUGGGAAAUUCUAGAGGUGGACGAAUUAUUUCUUACGAAUCGAAAAGCACACUGAAAGAUGUUGUUACCUCCGCGAACGAUCAAGAUCUGAAUUGUAAAGAAUUGUCUAAUGAUUCGAUAGUGGUCGUUUUGUCUUUUAUUCCAACGUAUCUGUUGUUGCGAAAUUUCAGAUUUGUGAACCGACAUUUUGCAACGAUGGCCAUGUAUGCCUUUGAAAAAUACCAAGUUAAUUAUCAAUUUAAUGUAUCAGAAAAGAAGCUAUAUGGCCUAUCUCAUGACGAUACUGAACAUUUAUUUACCAAAUAUCGUUCAUGCAAAAAGAUGACAAUACGAUCUGACAAGAAUAGGACGUUUAACUUACAGGGAUAUACAGGCAUAUCCGGAAAUGAUUUUCGUGUAUUUGAUUUGCCAUUUCACAAGCUACAGAAUAUUUCGUUCCUGGACUGCCUUGGCACUUGUGUUUCAAUACCGGUUGAGCUCGUUCAAAGCAAUCUAGCUAACACACUCGUGACGUUGAAGAUAUUUACUUUUUUUUCUAACAUACCAACUCUCUUGAGAUUCAAGAAACUUCAAGAACUCACUGCACGAAUAUUUUAUGAAGAGGAAGCAAUUCCUUUAAAUUUUGAUGGAGUUCCUGAAUCCAUCAUCAACUUUAAGUAUUUGAAAAUUGUCGAUUCUGAGUGCUGGGAGUGUUCCGAUUUUGUUAAGAUAAUCAGUCGCUGUCAACAGUUGAACACUCUUGAACUGCAAAAUAUAGCCGAUUUUGAUAUGCAAGGCAGACUAAUUGCUGAGGUCAUCAAAUGUAUCAACUCCAAAAUACAUAACUUGAAAAAACUCAGUUACCUAAAUAAUGGCAAUGGUAUUACCUUUGAAGAAAUGCAUACACUCCCUUCAAAUUUGAAAUGUCUCAAAGCAUCUUCGUCCCCAUUGACCAAACAGGAUGAACUUGUAAAUAUGGAGCAUCUCAAAAACCUCACACAUCUUACUCUUCGCACACAAAUCCAGAGAGAGGUGUUCCCAGACCAAUUAUUUACUCUCAUUUAUUCGUUUCAAAACUUGGAAAAGUUGUCACUCUAUUUGUCUUCUUGCUCCAGCGAUCUCUUGACUAAAGUUCCUCGAAAAACUCUUCCCAAUUUGAGGUCAUUAGCACUCACAUUCUCGAUUCAAUGGCUGUUAAAACAACAUUCUCUUUCAGAAAUAGUUGCCAUAUUCGAAGAGUGUGUCAACCUCGAAGUGAUAAAAAUUCAAGAUUACUCGUCUCAACGAACAGAACUUGAUUGGAAAGCACUACGAACAUUUACCAAGCUCAAGAAAUUGGAGGUCACUUGUGACAAAUUAACUGGUUGGGAUGAUGCAAAUAAGGUUCUCUCGUGUUUACAAAGUUUGAGAAUGACCAUCUUUCAAGGUAUUGACAAUUCUCUCGAAUCACUUUCAGACAAAAUUCAACGUUUGGAAAUUGAUGCGGAUAUGCAAGAAUUGAAUGUGCACACACUUCUAAAGCGUUUAAGCACAGCUCAGGCCCUCUCAGUUUUCAAAUUUUCAAUGAAAGAAAUGCCAACAACAACCGACUUUAUCCUUACUUUUCCUCAGUCCUUGGAAAAGUUGCAAAUCUCUCAUCUGACAUUUACGAAAGGAAAGCAAGAAAGGCUCAAACACAUGCUUUCAAGAUUGCAUCAUUUGAGGUCACUUCAUAUUUUGAAAAAAAUCACCUCUUACACAACCGAAAUGAAAUCAUCAUCGACUCUUUUGAGUAAAUUGUUAUUGAGAAAUUCAUCAACAAGGACAACAACAGCCUUAUCGUCGAGUAUUACUAGGUCAUUCUCUUCUUCAUUCUCUUCCCAAUAUGCUCCGAGAGUGUUGAUAACAGGCAGUAAUGGACAAAUUGGUGUUGAAUUAUCUGCUGCUAUUAGAGCUAGAUUCGGAAAGAACAGUGUGGUUACUAGUGAUGUUUCACUUCCAAGCAUUGAGUCUCUUCAAAGAGGAGAACCAUUUGUUUUCUUGGAUGUCAACAACAAGGCAAGACUCGAACAAAUUGUUAAAAAGGAAGGAAUUACUCACAUCAUUCAUAAUGCUGCAUUUUUGUCUGCUGCUGCUGAGAGAAAUCCAGUUCCUGCAUUGGAAUUAAAUACUGUUGGGCUUCACAAUGUUUUGGAUGUUUCCAAGAAUAAUAAUUGUUCAGUAUUUAUUCCAUCUUCUAUUGCUGCAUUUGGACCAACAACUCCUUUGGAUUUAACUCCAGAUGUCACCAUUCAAAGACCAACCACUAUUUAUGGCAUUGGAAAAGUUUAUGCUGAACAUAUGGGAGAGUAUUAUGCCUAUAAGCAUGGUGUUGAUUUCAGAUCAUUGCGUUAUCCUGGAAUUAUUAGUUAUUUGAGUGAACCAGGAGGUGGUACUACCGAUUGGGCUGUGUUCAUGUUCUAUUAUGCCCUUAAAGGUGAAUCUUAUGAAUGCUUUGUCAGUGAGAAUACUCCCUUACCAAUGAUGUACAUGAGUGAUUGCAUUCGUGCCACCAUUAAAUACAUUUUCGAUUUGACCAAUGAAGAUUUGAAGAAGGCCAAUCAACGAACCUUUAACAUCACUAGUUUCUCACUCACUCCUGGAAUGCUUACUCGUGCCAUCCAAAAAUACAUUCCAUCAUUCCAAGUGACUUAUAAACCAGAUUUUAGACAACAAAUUGCAGACUCAUGGCCAAAAGCAUUUGAAGACUCUAAUGCAAGAAACAAAUGGGGAUGGAAGGAAGAAUAUGAUUUGGACAAGAUGACCAGAGAUAUGAUUAUUCACUUGAGAGAAAAAAUUGGAUGUAAGGUUGAAGUGAGAGGACUUUAG